GUUAAAUCCAUUACAAUGGGAAAGUUUAACUAUACUCAACAAGUCAGUAUGCUUCCCGAUACGAUACCAUUCAUAAGUGUUCCAAAGACAGUUGCUGAUCAAAUCGCCAGUAAUGUUGGAGCAAAGCUCGUUAACGGAUCCUACGAAAUUGGCUGCCAUGUCACUAUUCCUAAUCUCGAGUUCAGCACAGAGAAAGCGAAGUAUUCCAUAAGCUCGGACUUGCUUGUUGUGAAGGUAACGACAUCGAUGUUUCCAUGUCAAAAAUGA